AUGACCAGAACAAAUUAUACUUUGGUGACUGAGUUCAUCCUGCUGGGAUUAGUAGACACUCUGGAACUGGAGAUGAUCCUGUUUUCUCUCUUUUUUGUGAUUUACACACUGACACUUUGGGGAAAUGUUGGGAUGAUCCUCUUAAUCAGAGCUGAUUCCCGACUUCACACACCCAUGUAUUUCUUCCUGGCUAACCUGUCCUUUGUGGAUGUUUGUUGUUCCUCCAACAUCACGCCAAAGAUGUUGGUGGAUUUAUUAUCAGAGGAGAAAACCAUCUCCUUUGCUGGCUGCUUUCUGCAGAUGUACUUCUUCAUCGCCUUGGCUACAACCGAAUGCCUUCUCUUUGGGUUAAUGGCUUAUGACCGUUAUGUGGCCAUAUGCAACCCUCUGCUUUACCCCUUGGUCAUGUCCAGGACAGUCUGCCUUAAAAUGGCAGCAGGGGCUUUUAUAGCAGGACUUUUGAACUCCAUGGUUGACACAAGUUACAUAAGCAGCCUGCCAUUCUGCAGUUCCAAUGUCGUCCACCACUUCUUCUGUGACACCCCUCUACUUUUAAAGCUCUCAUGUUCUGACACACGCCUGAACGAAAGCAUCUUCUCCACUUUUGCAGGAGUGAAUAUAGUUGGGACUCUGUUGGUCAUCCUCACCUCCUACACCUACAUUCUCUUCUGCAUUUUCCGUAUGCAUUCAGGGGAGGUAAGGCACAAAGCUCUCUCUACCUGUGCCUCUCAUCUGACAGCUAUCAUUCUGUUCUACUCCACCGCCAUCUAUACUUAUCUGAAACCUAGUUCUAGCUACUCCCUAGGUCAGGACAAAGUAGCUUCUGUGUUCUACACAGUGGUGAUCCCCAUGUUGAACCCUCUGAUUUACAGCCUCAGGAAUAAGGAAGUAAAGAAGGCUUUAUGGAAUGCAAUUACCAGGAAAGGGAUUCCUUCAUUUCUGUGA